UCUUCUGCGUUCAUUCCAGUGCUAUCCAGUCUUGACAACACCACUGCUGCGUUCCACGAGGGCGAUCAGUGGGCACAAAAUGUUUUAGUCACCCUUGACUUCGCUCGCACGGUGGAAAUGUUCUAUGCUCAAAAGGAGGAUGAUUAUCUGCGACCCGUCAAUUGGGUUAUAAUCAGUGACAUUGGACGCUGCCAAGUGCUGGUGGUCGUGAGCCCGUACGAAGCAAACACACUGCUACCUGAUAUCCGCAGAAGCAAUGCAGUCCACCUGUGCAUCUACACUCCUCGCACCACAAAAAAUAUGCAGGCAUGCAAUGACCUUCGACUCUACUGUGUUCCUUCGACGCCACGGUUGACACCACAAGAUCCUCUGAUUUUCCAGCUCGACCUUUUUGCAGGCCAGCUCUAUUUCUCAAAUUAUGAGAUGUAUCUCCGCGUUUGCAGCUUCUUGGGACUUAACGCGCCAGAUUUGGGGGACAAGGACUUGAUAGCUGAUAGCGAUGGAUUCAUCAGCGAGGAGAAUCGCCCUUCUGCGAGAGCAUCGUGCUCGUUCAAGCGAUCCCAGCUUCCCGCACUGAAGGAGUUGUUCGGAAUGAGAAGAAAAGGCAUGGGGUAUCUUCCAACUCACGUCGGAAAGAUGCUCAAUGGCCGCAUUCUGACUGAGGAGGAUUUUCUCGACUGAGUGCCAGGUCUCUUGAGCUU